AAAUUGUGUAGUAAAAUCAAACAUUAAUCGCGUAAUUUGGUCCAUAAUUGCACUGUGUCUUGAUAUAUAAAACCAUUGUCAACAAACCGAUUUUCCAGAAGGCUUAGGUGUUAUUUCGGUAAACAUAUACAUAAGAUUGGAGGACAAUGAUGUACGUUAUAGGUCUGCUGUUGUGUGUAUAUGUCUGUAAUGCGGAGGUUCUUAAUGAUUAUAAAGAUAUGAUAAUCAAGGGACAUAACAAUCUCAGAAGAAAACAAAAUGCAAAAAUGAUGAAUGAACUGACGUGGAGUGAUACACUGGCAAAGGAAGCCGAUGCAUGGAUCAGUCACUGUCGUUUUGAACACGAGAACAAAGGUCGUGGCGAGAAUAUGGCAUUCAGCCAAGACGAGGACAUCGAAAGAAAUAUCCAAACAGCAUUUGAUCAUUGGUACGAUGAAAUUAAUAAGUACAACUACGCCGGAAAGAAGUGCGGCGUUAGCUGCCACUACACCCAGCUUGUUUGGUCAACUACACGUGAAGUCGGUUGUGCCAUCAAAAAAUGCCCAAGUCUGUAUGUAUUUGGUAAGCAAGUUCAGAAUGCGUUGUUAUAUGGAUGCUGGUAUGACCCCCAUGGAAAUGAUAAUUCAGAGUAUCCCUACAUUCCAGGCCCAGCAUGCUCAGAGUGCUGGGAAGGCCAGACAUGCGUGGACGGUUUAUGUUCAGGUGAAGGAAAAGAAAAAUGUUUUGACAAAGAUGCUAAUUGCGAGACAUACGAUAUAGCUACAUGUAAAUCGAACGAAAAGUACAUGUCCAAAAACUGUAGACAGACUUGCGAAUUUUGUACAGGUAAGUCAAUUAAACUAAUGCCUCUCCUCUACACGUGCAUGUUUUAGACUCUUUGGUCUGGU